AUGUGCGCCGCUGUUCGGGCAGCACUCGUGCCAUUCGUGCUUGCCGGACGAGUCAAAGCCGGGCACUUAGCACAAGCGCCUUAUGAUAGACGGAGGAAUCCAUUUGCAGCUCCGCAAGGUCCGGGAGAGGGUGGCUUUGAUAGACGGAGAAGCCGUUCUGCAGCCCGACCACGAGAGGCCAACCUCUCCCUGAAGCGGGCUCUCUUCUUGGAUCCGCGCCAUGCUCGACAUUGCAAGUGCGAUGUGUGUCCCGAGUAUGCGGAGUUGACGCGCGGAGAUCUUGAUCGGAUGGGAGAAACAUUGUCAAACAGCGAGCUCAAUCUUUAUCUUGAACUGCAGAAACAGCGGCUGGCCAUGCAACAGCCAUCAAUCCCCCAAAGGGCGAUGCAGAAUCUGAAGAAACUACUAAGAACCAACCCUAACUCAACCAUCCCCAAAUCUAAUACCUGUAAUAAGUGGGUGGAGAAGUCACUCCGAUAUUUUUCCCGGGUGGACAACAUGGAGACGCCAGCAGAGAACAAGGGUGUAGUGGAAAAAGUGGACCCAAUAACAAACGAAAACCUAGAAGAGCCUGAGGAGGAGCCACUGGUACCACUAAUGUGGGAUGGAGACAUACCAGAAGAACCUUUCGUGUCUGUGGUCACCUGGCCGGGUGAGGAGGAGGCGGAACCAGAAACAGCGGCCGCAGCUCCUCCUCAUCAAGCACCAGACGGCAGCAGUGAGGAAACGAGGGAAGAAAGGGCGCUGAGGGGCCGAGAAAACCUUCCCUGA